CAGUAGGCGGGGCUUAUUCCUAACAAGGAUACGUUUUACUCUUAGCUUAAAUCGGCUCUGUCACACUCAGAAAAAGCAGCUGUCACACCGUGUGCUGCAGUUAAAUCGUUUGUUUUCGGAGUUUUAGACAAUGUCUAACCACGGAUGAAGUAGUCUGGCGAUUCAAAUCCGUUUUCAGCUGCUUGUUUUCACCAAGGUUUUAUUUUUAAACACCGACCGAGCAGUGACUCUGCAUGGAGCAGCCGAAGACGCAGCGUCGGGACUUCCCUACUCCACAGCCUGCAGGCGGGGAGUCACCGAUGCGUUUGACCAUCACUUCAACAACCGGCUGCCCGGUGGAGCUCAGCGUCCAGCGGGGAGAGACUGCGGAGGGGCUGAGGAAGCUCAUCUCCCAGAAACUGGGGCUGCAGACAGACAGAAUCAUAGUGGUGCACAAAGACAGCCACCUGACUGCAGGGACACUGCUGGAGCAGGGUGUGACAGAUGGCAGCAGGCUGACUCUAGUCCCAGUUAUUGAAACUGGUUCAGCAAGUUCAACUAGAGAGAGGACAGUGAUGGACACGUUGGAGAGCUUAACUGAAUCCCAGAUAGAGGACUUCCUUUUGGGGCGCCUGCCUCUGACCCUCAGCCUCGGAGCCGGCGCCCACACAAUGUAUGUGCAGCUCCARCUGUCGCAGAAGGUCGGGGAGCUCCAGGGGAACACGGACUCAGUGGUUCAGACCACAUGCAAGCCUCAAACUGCACAGGCGAACAAUGGGAACCUCUUUGAGGCGUCCUCUGCAGGGUCCUCCUUAGGAUUCACCAGCCCACAGACUUCCUCUCCGCCCUCGCCCUCGGAUCGCUCUGCAUCCUCCCUCCAACGUAGCACACAGAAACCCAGAACUUCCUUUAUCUCGUCCACAUGCGUAGCACCUGAGCGCUGCAUCGAUCCUCCGUUAGUGCGUCGCUCACAGUCUGACUGCAAACCUGCUUUCCCUUUGGACUCUACACAUCCUCCAAAUCUACCUCCUGCAGCUACACCAGUCUGUUCAUCCAGACCUAGCAGUUCUSAACCAGGACCAACUUCAGCCUUCAUAGAGGGAGAUGUUCCUGCACAUAAGUCACAGCCUCCAGGGGCGGUCAUUGACAGCGUCGUGAGUCACUUUCCAGGCGUCUUCUCUGGGACGUUUUCUGGGACUCUGGCCCCGUGCAGUCAUGGAGGCAUCAGUCAUCCUCGUCGCGGCAUCGCCAUCAUUCUCCAAAUCCUCAACGACUUGCUCAGAGCUGCCUGCCACCACCAGGGGGCGCUGCUGCCUCCUUUAUGUAACGAGUGCACCGCCUCAAACCUUCCAGGCAGCCAUCUCACCGCAGAGGAUCCCUGCCUGGGAAGAAACAGACAACCCCCGACCCAAAGCACAGAGCGCAGCGGAGGGGAUGAGAGUCAGACGCUUCACUCCUCUGAAGAGAAUAAGACAAUGCACUGCAAGAUGGAGCGGCUGCAGCUUCUGAUGCAUCAGAGGCGUCGCCAGAGGCGGAUUCGUAGGUGUUCUCUCCUCCAUGGAUUCGCUCAGCCAAACCAGCACCGGCUCCACCGUUCCUAGUGUACGCAAGCCGCUCACUGUGAUUUCUUCUUGUAGCUAUUUGAACAGAAGGAAGGAAUUUUCUUAAUAUGCAGUGCAUAAAACCAGAGCAGGUUUUUUUUUUUUCUGUUCCUAGUGAGAUUUAUCAGUAGCUCUUGAGUAGCAAGAGCUACUAAAGAAAAACGUAUAAGCUUUAUGGAGAUGACUCUUAAUGUAGCAUAAUAAUACAGAAAGUUGUUUUUUUUAUUUCUCUGUUCUACAUUCAUUUAGAGGUUAGUUACUGUGAGCAGAAACAAAACAACUUAUGAUUAAGAGGGUUUCUGUUCUCAGCUCUGUGGGUUUUGGGGGCUUGUUAUUCUCUGGACAUAAAAACAAAUAGCAAAUCAACCUUGAAAAUGAUGCAGGACUAUGUCGUUUUUAACUCAUGAGUUGUGCCUUACAACAACAUGCAGUAUUUACAGAUGGUCCUCCUAGUUUUCCUUCUCCACCAGUAAGACUAUCCCCAGCUCAUGAAAUAUACAUUAUGUUUUCCUCCUCAUCCUUAAAGGGAUAUUUUAGGAUUUUGAAAUUGAGGGUCUUUAAAAGGUUUUACUAUCUCAACUGAAGUUGAUAACCCUUCUUACUUAGUAUAAUCUUUGCAAACUUGCUUUCAAAUAACACCAGGAUUAUGUGUGCAGGUUAGAGCACACAUAAUCGGGCAGUCUAGAGCCUUACUGAAAUCCCUAAAAAAAAGGGAUUAAUCAACAAAGAAAUUGAUUAAUAUUAAAAUAUUCUUAUAUUCCUAACAAGCCUCAGUGGUCGUUGUUACUGUAGGACAUGAUAUUUUCACAAUUAAAAAUAACGACAGAAAAUAUUCUGAAAAUUCUGCUUGUUUUAUUUCUGAAUAUCUGGUGGAAAUCUCCUUGAAUAUGAUCAUUGAGUAUGUGUUUGUGCAUAAAAUAAGCAGAUUUUUAGUUUCUAGCUCGUUGAAAAUGCUUCUUUUUUUUUUUUAAAGUCGUUUAUGUUCUGUAAUCAGAACGUGUUUCAGGAGGAUCAUUGGUGGCGCACCGCCUCCAGCCUACGCUGCUUGUGUCCAUCAGCUUCUUUGCAAAUAACCACUUGAUGGCUUGACAUUUCAUAUGAGCGUUUGCAUAAACUUCUACCACCUUUAUGAGAUUUGAGUACUUUUAAGAUAGAAGUCAACAUAUGUCGUGGCUCCUCUUGGGCCAGUAUUAGGUUCAGCCUCCAGGUCUGUCUAAUCUGAUUAUUGAAUGAAUACUAGAAGGGUUGUAUUAUAUUCUCCUCAAAAAAAUAAAAGGACCACUUAAGUGUUCACUUUAUUUUUUUGAGCAGUGUAUAUUUAUAAUAUAUUAGCAGCUCAAAACCUUUGAAGGCAUCUUUAGUUUUAAAAUCUUGAAUUAUCCCUUAAAAUAUGCAUCGAUAUGUCUGUGUUGGUUUCCGGUUCACCUCCACGCUGUAAUUCCUGUAAUGUGAACGACACAGUCCAAACACUGUGACUUGUCUUGUUUGGCAUACUGUUCUGUAAAUUUKAUGUAAAUAUUCUACUUAGUGAUGUAUUCUGAGUUAAGUUUAUCUGUGAUUGGACGAGAUCAAUGUAUUUGAUCAGGYGACUUACCUCUUUCAUGUUUAUUAAAGAGUGUGCCUCUUACAACUGACCACAACUCUAAGCAAUAUAUUGCCUUAUCAUGAAUGUUAAGAGUCUGUGUCAUCUUUGGAGAAUAUUCCCUUUAAAAAUGAAGAAGAGCAUAUAAACAACAAUGAAAGCAGAGACUUAAUAAAACCUUGAACAGAC